AUGCCAAUUGGAGUACCUAAAGUUGCUUACCGUUUACCUGGUGAAGCUGUCCCACAGUGGGUUGAUUUAUAUAAUCGUUUAUAUCGUGAACGUGUAUUAUUCCUUGGUUCUGCACUUGAUGAUGAACUUGCAAACCAGCUUAAUGGAAUUAUGCUUUAUUUAAGUGCUGAAGAUUCACAACGUCGCUUAUUUUUAUAUAUUAAUUCGCCAGGAGGUUCUGUAACGGCUGGACUUUCUGUAUUUGAUAUUAUGAAUUAUGUUGACGCUGCAGUAACAACAAUCGGUAUUGGUUUUGCUGCUUCUAUGGCUUCUUUUAUUUUAGCUGGAGGUGAACGUGGAGCACGUUUAGCUUUACCUCAUUGUCGUAUUAUGAUUCACCAGCCUCAAGGUGGUAUGGAAGGUCAAGCUUCCGAAAUUGUUUUAGAGAAGGAUGAAAUUAUUCGUUUACGUAAACUUAUUGGACGUUUAUAUGUUGACUUAACUGGGCAAUCUGCUGCAACUAUUGCACGUGAUCUUGACCGUGAUAAAUUUCUUUCUGCUCGUGACGCUCGUGAGUAUGGGCUUGUAGAUCUUGUAGCUUCAAAUGAUAGUAAUAAGAUGUAA